AUGAAAAACGUAUUCAUCAUUGCUGUUUGGUCUUCUUUUAUUCUAGGAAUGCUUACUUUGCUUAAUGAAUUUUCAUUUGACCGUCAACUGGAAUUUUCAUUAUCAAAACAAUUAUAUGGUCUACCAGCCAACUCAAAAACACUUGAGCUUAUUUCAAGCGACAAAAAAUACAUUAAUUCACAACUCAAAGCUCUUGAAAAGCGCACAAACAGAAUUCCUAGUGAAAUUUUUAAGCAUUUUUGUGUGUUAGGCUCUUCAUUACUAUUCCUAAAUUUAAUAUUUAGAAAAUCACUACAAACUGUAAUAUCAAGCAGUAUUGACAUACUUCCAAAAUUUAGACACAGUGUAAGGAUGAAAGAACUCUUAUUUAUUUCAUUAAUUAGCACCUUCCUUUUAGCUUCGGUUUUUGGAAGUAAAAUUUUUGCUAAUAUAUUUUCAGGAGAAAGCUUGACUUUAGCAGCAAUUCUUUUCUACACAUUUCUAGGCUUGUUUGUGCUACCUACUUUCUACAUGAUACUUAAGAAACUCUUUAAAGUAUAUUCUUCAAAGCUUAUUAUUGCUUGCUAUAUGGCAUAUUUUGUUAAGGCAAUAUCUGACUUUGUAUCCUUAGAGGAUGUAAACUUAGAAAACAUGAAAAAAGUCAACAUUUCAGAAUUCUCAAAAAAUGUUAGAGAUUAUCUGAUUGAAAGAGGACUCCAAAACAAAGUAUAUUCAGAGAAACUUAAAAAAUCUCAAAGUAUAAAUGCAGCAUUAGUAGGUUGGGGCUCAUAUGAAAGAAUUGAAAUAUAUGGUGACUAUCAAAAUCUUACAAGCAAUGAAUUUGAAGCAAUUUUGAUGCAUGAAAUAGGACAUUCUGAAUUUUGUUCAUUGAUAAAAAAGAUUUUGACACUUUUCUUUCUCAAAACCAUUGAAAUGGUAGUUGUCCUUCAAAUCUAUGCUUCAAUUUCAAACAAGUUUUCUGACAGCUUAAUAACAAAGAAUGGUUCAUUUAUAGUUUUAUUUUUAAUAUACUUUCUGUUUAUAAAUAGGUGGCUAUUAAUGUUUCAUAAAAUGGUCAGUCAGGUUUCGGAGUUUUCAGCUGACACAGUUGCAAAAUCCCACGGAUAUGGAAAAGAACUGUCGAAAAGUACUUUAUGA